GAGGGAUUUGUAAGCGGUAAAAGGAGAAAUUUUGAGAACCCAGGGAUUGGUCGGUUUUGGCCAGAAGGCGACCAUGGAACUUCAAAAACAAAGUGAAUGGCAUGAGGACCGAGUACGAAGCGGCAUGUUGGCUUUGUGAAGUAUGGUGCAGGAACAAGGCUUGAAGAGAUCGGUGGUCUAGCGGAGUGGAAAACUGCGGUUUAUGUCUUGUGUCGAAAGUCUUCUCGGCAAGAAGAGGUCGGGCGGCGUGUCCCGCAGGUGUUGCUGCGGCGGUGCAAGAUGGGCAGAUGGAAAGAAGCUAAUUGCGAGAUGGGUGGUCUCAGAGAGUGUUAACAAAGGUGAGUUGUCAUU